UCCAGAUUGGAACCAGAAGCUCUUUACAUUUCCUUACAUCGAAGCCCACUACGGCGACAAUGGUACCGAGAUUCUUUAUGACAGCGACUUUAUGCUCAAUAUUGAUUCUUAAUUCAGGAGGCCUUGGAUACCUACCCAACGCUUUGUAUCAAUGUUGACUAUGCAUAGAGAUCGUAUGUCGCAAUCUUCGUGACUUAGAGGACAUCAGGAUGUUGAUGAGGGAUUAUAUCCAGGAGGUGCACGCUGACAGUCUACAUCCAACUCUCAUGUCAUCAAAGUCUCAGCGUCGAGCUGGAACUGAUGAUAUGCCACCGACACCAGCCUCAGAUUACACUUUGUCACCUGCAGCGGCGAUAGAGGAUGUUAUGACCACACAAUUUGAUGGGGAUAUUCCUAUAGCAACAGCCGGCGAGAAGGCCUCCAUAACAGCAAGCCGCACCAGUGUUAGUACUGGAUCAGCUGACAAGGAGGUCGGAGAGACUGCGACUGGGCCUGCACAUGGAAGGGGUCCAAGGAGGGCUGGAAAAGCUGCGCGGAGGAAUAGCCGCCUUCUGUACGCAAAGGACGUUACGUGCCCGGACGACUGGCGGAGGUAUCUGAUGAAUGACCUGCUGCCGCCGUUUCUCGGAUAUAUGCGUGAGAAUGAUCUGAAUACCUUGAACACAAAGCUUGCAGCCGAGAAUUUGAUGAUCUAUAUCGGGCAAGCCGGAACUUGGACGCCUGCGCAUAUAGAUCAGUGCGGGGCCAUUGGACACAACAUUAUGGCCUGGGCAGAUGAUGAUUCUUCGUCGAUUUGGUUUAUGAUCAAGGCUGAAGACAAGGAUAAGGCUGAGGCGUUAUGGAGGUCAUUCGGACACCCGCUGGAGUUCGAAGGAUACUUUGCCGCUGUCGAGGAGAUGCAGAAGGCCGACUUUCCGAUCUACGUUGUGGAACAGAAGAUCGGAGACUUUGUCAUGGUCCCUUCAUUAUCCUACCACCAGGUCGUCAACCUGGGCAAGGCAACGAUCAAAGUAUCAUGGAACAGGCUUACAGCCCACUGCCUCAAGGCCGCCGUUAAUGUUGUCCUCCCUCGAUAUAGGGCAAUCGCUCGCCCUGAAGGCUAUCGCAUUAACAUGAUCAUCAAGAGCGCGCUGGAGGCAUGGAAAAACCUGCUCGGUAGUCAGUCGGGGAAUCUUCCACUUCCAAGGGAACAUUUUUGCCAAUCCUACCGCGACAUCUUAAUGCUUUUUCGAACGAUUGUCGAGGAAGAAUGGGUGGACAUGGAUAUCUUGAGAGACAAAGAUCGAGUAUUCGACCGACCACGGAGGCUCAAGAGCGUUAUGCCAGCAGUGUGUGAUUUUUGCAGUUCGGAUGUAUGGAAUCGCCAGUUCCGUUGUCACAAGUGCCACCACUACGGUGAUGACUAUGAUGUAUGUGCUCGUUGCUUUAGUCUGGGUCGUGGUUGUAAGCACCGGGCAACAUCGAUAGAGUUUGUCGAGACGUUUUCCAUGAGGUCGCUGAGGGAACUUUAUUCGUCUGCAGUUCGCGCAUGGAACGAGUCAAAGGUUCUUACUGGGUGUCAGGAGUAUUCGCCAAUUGUGGAUGAUUGGAUCGACAGUGUUGUCCCAUCCAAGGACAAGGAAUACUCUUUUUCAUCUAUCGCAUACAUGAGACGAGAAGACUUGAAGGCCGCUGCGAGGAUAUGCGAUAGAUGCCAUCGAUGCAAAGCACGUAACCACUUCAUUCUGAGAUUAGCCUGCCCCAGCUGCAAUGCAGUAUUCUGUGAAUCCUGUCUCUACGAGCACCAUGGCACCCUAUGGAGCGAUGUGGUCUCGAAAAAGGAAAUUGACUGGAAAUGUCCACGAUGUGUGGGGACUUGUCCUUGCUAUUUUUGCAUCAAGAAGGCUGCCGACACUGAGAACCGGCAUCAGAACAAUCUACCACGGACACCACCACUGCCAAAGAGGGAACCUGCGCUGCAGUUCACACGACCUGAGGACGAUUCGCGCAAUCGAGGAGGUGUUUGCGAUAAUAAUAUGGAAAAGUCGUUUGCAAGCGAGCAGAGUGACGAAGAUAAAGAGCAGGAGAACCAGGAUCGAUGUGGGCACUGGUCCGACGAUGUACAGGAUCAGCAGGCUACAGACACGAGUCGUCAGAGUAUUCGAAAAUCUAUUGAGGCGCAACUUGGACCUUCAUCAACAUCAUCAUCUUUGUCUUCGUCGUCGUCUUUGUCGCCGAUAUCUCCUCCUGGCAACGUGAAAAAGAAGAGGAAGAUGAAUCCAGGUGUCGAUUCCUCCGAAUUAUAUCAGUCCUCUAAUAUUCCUGCAAAGCAGAUGAAAGCGCGGUCCAUGGCGGUUACCACCAGCUCAGCACCGUCAGCUCUUAGUCAAAAUCCAGUCCGUGGCCGAAGCGGUAGUCCUGGCGUAGAUCGAAGUAUCUCAUCUGCCAAGAUUCCCAUGACGGCGGAGCAGUUCAUGGAGGUGAUGGGAAGCUUGGAGGAAAAGGCACUUCGAUAUGCUCACACCAAUGGCUUGUGGCGGACCCUGGCAGCGUUCAAGGCCGAGCAAGAACAGACUGAGCAAGCCUACUAUACUGAGGUGUUCCAGAUGGAUGCGUUCUGGUCUCAGCGCAGCAAAAGCACUCGCGACGGCUAUCGAAGAGAUAUCCUGGAGAAGCAUAGGACCAAGACCAAACCUUAGAAACCCUAGUUCGGACUCUUGCAUCUUGCAUCCUCUCCAUACACACAUCGAAUCUGGCUUUUAAAAAGCGCACAAUAGCUUAAAACUCUU